AUGUCCGUGCCGCCGGGCUUGAUCAGCGCCGAGGGCGACCCUCGUCUGUCUGUCGCCGAAAAACCGCCCCAGGAUGUCGUUCAUCAGCCCAUCCACGGCAACGAUUCGACCAUCACCUUUGAAGAGUUCAUGUACUGGGCGGAACGAACCCGUGCCGACGAAGCCCUCACCAACAAAGCCUUGCUUGACAAGCGCGGGCCCCGGACUGUCAAGAACACGCUUCGGAGUCGCUUCUCCAAGGGCCACCAGACUGACCCUGCCACGUCGGUAGCCGAUGUAUACUCCAGCGACGAGGAAAUCAUCACGGGCAUCUCCGAAAGGGAAUGGAAGCAAGCCAGCCGGGCCAUCCGCACGGCUUCCUGGGGAUCCAUCUUCUACCUGAUCACAACAGAUGUACUGGGACCCUUCUCGACUCCCUGGGCCUUUGCGCAAAUGGGCUACGGUCCUGGCGUGGCGCUGUACACUGUCUUUGGCGCAAUGGCCGGGUACUCGGGCUGGAUUAUAUGGAAAGCCUUCCUCGGCCUCGAUUCCGACCGCUACCCCAUGCAUACCUAUGGCGACAUCUACUUUCGUAUCUUUGGGCGCAUUCCCCAAAUCCUUCUCAACAUCAUGCUUGGCCUGCAGCUGCUCCUGUCCGUGUGCAGUCUCAUCCUGAGCAACGGACAGUCCAUUUCGCAAAUCUCGCAGGGCAACAACGGCUCGAAUGGCAACGGGAUAUGCUUUGUAGCGUGCCUUAUCAUCUUCAUGGCGGCCGGGUUUGUCCUGGGCCAGAUUAGGACGCUGCAGCGAUUCGGGUGGAUUGCAAACUUUGCCGUCUGGAUCAACGUUGCCAUCAUCUUCAUUUGCGUCGGCGUCGUCGUCCAUUAUCCCCCCAACUUCAAGGCAACGCAAGCUUCAUUUGGCGACAACUUUGGCCCUGGUCCGAUUCGCACCUUUGCAGGUACUCCUCCCGACGGCUUCGCCAGUGGCGGUACCGGCUUCGUCGCCUCUCUCAACGGUCUCAACCAGGCCGUGUAUUCCUACGGCGGGUGCAUGACCUUUACGGCCUUCCUCGCCGAGAUGCGCCACCCCAUGGACUUUUGGAAGGGUCUUUUGUGUGGCCAGGUCUUCAUUUACAGCCUUUACAUGUUCUUUGGCAUCUUUGUCUACUCGUACCAGGGCCAGUUCGCCUUCAACCCCGUCAUGCAGGGCCUCUCGUCGUACGGCUUCCAGACCGCGACCAACGUCAUGAACCUCGUCACUGGCCUCAUUGCCGCUGGGCUGUACGGAAACAUUGGCCUCAAAGUCAUUUACAUCGAGGUCUUUGAGCGCCUGUUCAAGUUCCCGCCUCUGACGGUGCGCAAGGGAAAGAUUAUGUGGGCGGUCACCGUCCCCGUGUACUGGUCCAUUGCCUUCAUUGUCGCCGCUGCCAUCCCGCAGUUCUCCUAUAUUUCGGGGCUUAUUGGUGCCUUUUUCGUGCUCAGUUUUAGCUAUACCUUUCCUGCGCUAAUGGCACUGGGUUUCUGGAUUCACAAGGAUGCCAUGGUUCCCGAGCAGGAGAAGUUUGAUCCCCAGACCCGAACGUACAAUUACGUCGAUACAGGGCUUGUUCGAUGGAGGAGGGGGUUUCUGAAGAGGCCGUUUUUCAACCUUUUCAACUUGGUUUACAUGCUGGGCGGGCUGGCCACGACCGGUCUGGGCGUCUACUCGAGUAUCGAGGGACUGAUUGCGGCGUUUUCAGGGAGCAGCGUUGCGUCGAGUUUCGGGUGCAGGAGUCCGGUGUAA